AUGGCUGCGCUGCGAAGGCUCCUGUGGCCGCCGCUUCGGCUGCAGCCUCCGCUUUCUCCUCACCAGCCCUUUCUUGGGCCCUGGGGGCGGCCUGCUGGGACCGCCCUAGGCCCUCCGGGCCGGCCCUUCUCCUGCCGGGAGGAUGAGGAGGGGGCCGUGGCUGAGGCGGCGUGGAGGCGGCGGCGGCGCUGGGGAGAGCUGAGCAUCGCGGCGGCGGCCGGCGGGGGUCUCGUCGGCCUCGUGUGCUACCAGCUCUAUGGGGACCCCAGGGCCGACUCCGCACGGGCGCCCGGCAGCGAGGCCGCAGAGCCCGAGGACCCGUCCCGCGGCCGGGGGCUGCUCCCCAUCCCGGUCGCGGCUGCCAAGGAGACGGUUGCUAUUGGCAGAACAGACAUUGAAGACUUAGACCUCUGUGCUACAUCUCGGGAGAAACGAUUUCGUUUAUUUGCUUCUAUAGAAUGUGAAGGGCAGUUAUUUAUGACUCCAUAUGAUUUUAUUUUGGCUGUUACAACAGAUGAGCCCAAAUUUGCUAAAACCUGGAAGUCACUUUCCAAACAGGAAUUAAAUCAGAUGCUCUCAGAAACACCACCAGUUUGGAAAGGAUCAUCAAAGCUAUUUCGAAAUCUUAAAGAAAGAGGUGUGAUUUCUUACACAGAAUAUCUUUUUCUUUUAUGUAUUUUAACAAAGCCACAUGCAGGUUUUAGAAUAGCUUUCAACAUGUUUGACACUGAUGGCAAUGAGAUGGUAGAUAAAAAGGAGUUUUUGGUGCUUCAAGAGAUAUUCAGGAAAAAAAAUGAAAAGAGAGAAACUAAAGGAGAUGAGGAAAAGCGUGCAAUGCUGCGUCUUCAACUUUAUGGAUACCAUUCUCCUACUAAUAGUGUACUUAAAACAGAUGCUGAGGAACUUGUCUCCAGAAGCUAUUGGGACACAUUGAGACGUAAUACAAGCCAAGCACUCUUUUCAGACUUCGCAGAGCGUGCUGAUGACAUCACAAGUUUAGUAGCAGAUACUACACUUCUUGUACACUUUUUUGGAAAGAAAGGAAAAGCUGAGCUCAACUUUGAAGAUUUUUAUAGGUUCAUGGAUAACCUCCAAACAGAAGUUUUAGAAAUAGAAUUCCUUUCCUACUCUAAUGGAAUGAAUACUAUCAGUGAAGAAGAUUUUGCUCAUAUUCUUUUACGAUAUACAAAUGUGGAAAAUACAUCAGUGUUUUUGGAAAAUGUACGUUACAGUAUACCUGAAGAAAAGGGUAUCACAUUUGAUGAAUUCAGGUCAUUUUUCCAGUUUCUGAACAACCUAGAAGACUUUGCAAUAGCCCUGAAUAUGUAUAACUUUGCAAGUCGUUCUAUAGGGCAAGAUGAAUUUAAACGUGCAGUCUAUGUAGCUACUGGACUCAAACUUUCACCACAUUUGGUGAACACUGUCUUCAAGAUAUUUGAUGUUGACAAAGACGAUCAAUUAAGUUAUAAAGAAUUUAUUGGAAUUAUGAAAGACAGACUCCAUAGAGGAUUCCGGGGUUAUAAAACAGUCCAGAAGUAUCCCACUUUCAAAUCAUGCCUGAAGAAAGAACUUCACAGCAGAUAAAUACUCCUAAAGCAAAGUUUAAAGAAUUACAAUCUAUGUGACAAAUGCAAGAAACAAACAUUUCAGAGAAUGGAAGCAUAUCUGUGAUGAGAAUAUAUAGAAAAUGAAGAAAAAAGUG